AUGGCGGCACAGAAAUGGACGGCCGUUCAUCGCGAGAUGGUAGUCCGGCGAGAGAGAAGUGGUCGGCGAUGGCGAAAACUGAGGCGGAGGCAGAGGCGGUGCCUGUGGCUGUGCAUGGCGGAGGCCCACGGUCAGCUGGUGGUCUGCGACGGCGGAGGCGGGCGCGGAGUCGGUGGUUCCGAUGCCCAGACCGGCGGGGAAGGAACGGACUGUCGAAAACAGAGGCAGAGGUCGGCGGUCGGCGAGUGGUCGGCGACGGCGGAGGUGGAGGCAGAGGCGGAGGCGGGAGGCUGUAAUGUGGCUGAGGCCGACGGGACAUCAUCGCCGGCGCCGCCUGUGGAUGACAUGGCAGGCGCAAGGGUUGGCGGAGUGGACGUCUUCUUCUCCGGCGAGGCAGAGCGCAAUCAACUGAGCCGAGCAGGUGACGUCGGCUGA